AUGAGGGUCUCUACUAUCAUCGCGACCAUCACUCUUAUGAUGCCCGCCAUCCAGGCGCAGUUCUGCAACAGGAACACCCCUUUGACCUGCUGUCUUAGUGUCAAAAGUAACGGCUGUAUUUGCCCGGAUGUACCCGCAAACUGCUGUGAGGAGGAUUGCGACGGUGAAAUCUCAGUUGAUAAGCGCGACAUUGAAUUUGUUCAUCCUGAGAUGAAGUCUCUUCACCAGGAGUGGAUGAAACACAAGCGCGCUCUUGCUGUAGGAGCUAAGGCCGCACGGCCUCUACUAGGCUAG